AUGCAAAAUGGUUUGACCCUGUUUAUUGCAGGUGCAUUUUCAGGACAAGCAGAAUGCUAUGCUUUCAUAAGAGUGAUGCCAAAGAACUACCAGCACGUCCUGGCUCUUGUUUUUGCCAUAGAGGAAAUAAAUAAAAAUCCCAUGAUUUUACCUAAUCUCACCUUGGGUUUGCACAUCUAUGACAACUAUUACAGCACACAGAUGACGUAUGAGGCAACCCUGCACCUGCUUUCCACACAGAAGAUGUUUGUCCCCAACUACAAGUGUGACAUCCAGAACCAUAUGAUAGCUGUUGUUGGGGGACUUGAUUCUGAGACGUCCCGUUACAUGGCCACAGUUUUAAACACUUACAAAGUUCCACAGAUCACCUAUGGAUCCCUCGUCUCGGGGCUGAGUGACAAAUCACUACUCUCUUCCUUGUACAGGAUGGUUCCAGAUGAAAUCUAUCAGUACACUGGGAUUGUCCAGUUACUUCUGCAUUUCAGGUGGACAUGGGUUGGGCUCUUUGCUCUGGAUGAUGACAAUGGAGAACGUUUUUUUCAAGAAUUGGUACCAAUGCUUUCUAUAAAUCGCAUCUGUUUUGCCUUUAUAGAAAGAACACCCAAAUGGACUUAUGUUGCAGGAAUGUUAGACUUGUUUUUAAAUGAUCUGGACAAAUUUCCAGCUCUCAUGGAAAGCAAAGCUAAUGUAUUUAUUGUCCACGGUGCACCUCCAUCUAUGCUAAAUUUGAGCUGGUAUCUUCAUAUGGCUGUCCUGGAUUCAGGUCUAGGUAAGGUGUGGAUUGUAACAGAACAAUGGGAUUUCAGAUUAAGUGCCUAUCAAAAGGAGUGGGAUAUACAGCCCUUCCAUGGUGCUAUAUCUUUCACAGUUCAUUCAAAUGAACCACCUGGAUUUAAGAAAUUUCUUCAGAGUGUAAAUCCUUUCUGGGAAAGAGAAGAUGGUUUUAUCCAGGACUUCUGGGAGAAGGCUUUCAGUUGUUCAUUGAAAAAUUCCAGUAGAAGUGAAGAUGAGGAGCCUGUGGAAGGCUGCACUGGGGAGGAGAAGUUGGAGAGCCUUUCAGGAACUUUAUUUGAAAUGAGCCUGACAGGCUACAGCUACAAUGUCUACAAUGCUGCCCAUGCUGUUGCCCGUGCUCUACAUACUAUGUUUGAAUCCAGAGCCAAAUAUAGAACAAAGCUGACAAGGGGAAUGCUGGAGCUUUGGAGUCUGCAGCCAUGGCAGAUUCAUCCCUUUCUAAGACGUAUCUUGUUCAACAACAGUGCUGGAGAAACAGUGCAUUUUGAUGAAAAAGGAGAAUUAAUAACAGGAUUUGAUGUUACAAACUGGGUAACUUUCCCAAAUCAAUCUUUUCUUAGAGUCAAAAUUGGAAGAUUGGAUCCUCAGGCUGUUCCAGGCAAAGAAUUAACAAUUCAGGAUGAAAGGAUUGUAUGGCAUAGAAGAUUUAACCAGGUGCUACCCAUUUCUGUGUGUAAUGACCACUGCUACCCUGGCCAAAACAGGAAAAAGAAGGAGGGAGAGCCAUUUUGCUGUUAUGCUUGUAUUCUAUGUCCAGAAGGGAAGAUUUCUACUCAGAAAGAUGCUGAUUCCUGCACUGAAUGUUCAGAAAACAGCUACUCAAACAUAGAUCAGAAUCAAUGCAUUCCUAAAAUGAUAAGCUACCUCUCAUCUGAAGAACCUUUGGGGAUUUCUUUAGUGUCUAUGACUAUUGCUUUUGUUCUGAUUACAGCUUUGGUUUUAGGGAUAUUUAUAAAGCACCAGAACACUCCCAUAGUCAAAGCCAACAACCAGAGUCUCACCUAUAUCCUCCUCAUCUCUCUCCUUCUUUGUUUCCUCUGUUCCUUCCUCUUCAUUGGAAAGCCAAAUGUGUUGACCUGCCUUCUCCGACAAAUAGCUUUUGGCAUCGUCUUCUCUGUGGCCCUUUCUUGUGUUUUGGCAAAAACCAUCACUGUGGUUCUGGCAUUCAUGGCAACCAAGCCUGGAUCCAGGAUGAGGAAAUGGGUGGGGAAAGGACUGGCAAAUGCAAUUGUCCUUUCUUGUUCCCUUAUUCAGACAAGUAUUUGCUCCAUUUGGCUAUUUACUUCCCCUCCAUUCCCAGAUAGGGACAUGCACUCUUUGAAUGGGGAAAUCAUACUGGAAUGUAAUGAGGGUUUACCCACAAUGUUUUAUUGUGUCUUGGCCUAUAUGGGCUUCCUGGCUAUUGUCAGCUUCACUGUGGCUUUCCUAGCCAGGAAGUUACCUGACAGUUUCAAUGAAGCCAAACAUAUAACUUUCAGCAUGUUGGUGUUUUGCAGUGUUUGGUUAUCAUUUAUUCCAACCUACCUGAGCACCAAAGGAAAAUACACGGUGGCUGUGGAGAUUUUUUCUAUCUUAACCUCUAGUGCUGGCUUACUGAUUUGCAUAUUCUUCCCUAAAUGCUACAUCAUUGUCUUCAGGCCUGAGCUGAACAACAAGGAACAUCUAAUGAGGAGACUAAGGAAUCGAAGAAUUAAAUAA